ACCCCGGGUCAAGCAAGUUUAUUGGUACCAUUUUUCCUACAGAAUGUGCUCACUUAAUGUCUCUAUGUCACAUUUUGGUAAUUCUCACAAUAUUUCACUUUUUCAUUAUUAUUAUAUCAGUUAUGGUGGCCUGUGAUCAGUGAUGUUUGAUGUUACUAACUGUAAUUGUUUUGGGGCGCCACAUACGACACCCAUAUAAGAUGGUGAACUUAACUGAUAAAUGUUGUGUGUGUCCUGACUGCUUCACUGACUAGCCAUUCCCCUGUCUCUCUCCCUCUCCUCAGGCCUGCAUAUUCCCUCAGAUAUGACAAUAUUGAAAUUAAGUCAGUUAAUAGCCCUGCAAUGGAGCCCUGGUGACACAGUGGUUAAGAGCACAGCUGCUAAUUAAAGAGAACAGAAAUGAGUGGAAUGUUAUCUUAAACAAGCCAGAAAAUCUCUCAUAGCUUUUAUUAUUAAAUACUGCUCAAAUGAAGAAAGUUAAAAAGAGAACCAAAACUCCAACUGAUAUUUACCCAGUUGAGACAUUGGUAAAUAUGUCGCUUAAUCCAAGUCGACCGUCUUCAUCAGAGGUGGUGGAACUUCAUGUUUUUUAUGUCCCUGAAGGAUCGUGGAACUAUAAGUUAAAUACCAUUUCAAAAGAAGUUGUUAACAAAUUCAUUUCAGCUGGAUUUAUAAGAGUAUCUCCUCAACUUACUUUACAAGCCCUGAGGGAGAGUCUUGGUGAGUUCCUUGGUGAAGAUGCUGUUGCAGAAAAAUUUUUAUUUCUGAAAUGUAUAGGAAAUAAUCUAGCUGUGGUGAAGGCAAAGCAAGAAUCAGAACUGAAACUCAAAUCAUUUGCUCCUCCAUAUGCUCUUCAACCGGAAUUGUAUUUGCUUCCAAUAAUGGACCACUUAGGAAAUAUUUAUUCAGCCUCAUCAACAGUUGCAUUAGAUGGGCAGCAGACUAAUAAUGGUGUUACUCAGGCAGAUGGAACAGUCCACAGACCAGUCAGUGUGACUCUGUCAAAGGAAAAACCUGGAACAGAUCCCAGUUUAUUAGAAAACACUUUGAAAGAGCUUCUUAACAAGAAUCAGGAAGAAGCCAGGGGGAAAACCACUCCAAAAGAAAGCCAGACUGGAAAAAAUCAAAUUAGAAAUUCCAAAUUGCCAGGAUCAUUGGAAGACUCAAAUACUGAUUAUUUUAACAGCAAAAAAAGUCAGUAUCCUGGGAAAAAUGAAGAUGAUACAGCUAAUAUCAGUAGAAGAGAGGACAGUGAGACAGGUGAAAAAGAGUGUGUCAUCCUACCCAAUCUUACUAAUUUUCCCUCACUUCCUUGUCAACCUGCUAUUUCUCCAGGAAUAACUGAUAUCUCUUCAAUACAGAUUGAGAGAGAGAAGAUUAUUGAACAAAUGAAACAAGUAAAGGAAGAAAGAAGAUAUCUGGAGAGAAUUAGAGAAGAACUAAUAAAAAAAGUUGACAGGCUAUUUGAACAAAGCAAAUUGAAGCGAUAUCAUGCCUGUGAUGGUUGGAAGAAAAAAUACUUUGAAACAAAGAAAGUCACAGCAUCCUUGGAGGAGGUUUUAACAAAACUUCGAGAAGAUUUGGAACUUUACUAUAAAAAAUUGCUCAUGCAACUUGAAGCCAGGGAAAUCAAGAUGAGACCAAAGAAUCUGGCAAAUAUCACAGACUCCAAGAAUUACCUUAUAAUCCAGAUCACUGAAGUACAGCAUGCAAUUGACCAACUUAAGAGAAAAUUGGAUACUGACAAAAUGAAACUUUUAAUAGAAGUUAAGAUGAGAAAACAGGCAGUUUCAGAUUUACGCAUAUUGAAAGCUGAACUGGCACAGAAGAAAAUUAAUACACCUUUACAAUUUCAAAUAGUUCCUGGAAGUGUGCCUAGUUAGGGGCUCAACAGAUGAUUUUGUUUAUGAUGAAUCUGCUGAAUCAAAGGUAAUGGCAAUGGAGGAAGAAAGUUCCUGCUUUUAUAGGUCUUACAGAGUUGAUUCUAAGAGCCCAUCAGAUCUGGACCCCAUGGGUGACUUAUGCACACACCUGGUUAAGAACCAUAAACUAGCCUCUGAUCUUAUGCUCACAUCAACCUAGCAAAGUCCUUCUCCCCAGGACCACCUGCCUCUGUCUAAUACUAAGACAGUCUCUCUCAGGAGAAACAUGAGCUGUUGGAUAAGGUAUAAAGAAUAAAGGAAAAUAGGAGCAGAUCUAAGCAGAAGUAAAGGAAAGGGAUAAAGGAGUUAAAAGAAUGACCUGUGACUAAAAAUAAUUUACUGAACUUUAUAUACAUCUGGGAAACUUUUAAAGGCAAUUCUGAGCAAAUGCCAAUACUAUUGUUACUUAUGAUAGCACCAUUGGAAUUAAAAUAGUCUUCUAAGAUGACUAGUUCGUAGGCAAUAGUUAUUUGGUAUAUGAAUAAACUGUGGCAUAUUAAAGUACACUCAGUACAUACAAUCAUAUCUAAUCCUGUAUCUUUUUUUCCAUUCUUGAAACUGUUUAGAACUAGAUAAAGCCAUGUAUGCUCUAGUAACAGUUAUGAUUCACUAUUAAUAGAAAACUCUCAGAACAUAUAUCUGAACAUAGAAAGAUUUAUUUUUGAAGAUUAAGAGGAAAAUCUGACAUACCUUGAAUUUUGCCAUCAUUCUAGCUAGUACUUUGAGCCUUUUUGAUACUGUUAAGUAAUUUCAAAUACCUCAAGAUAGUGAAGGACCAAAGGAUGAAAAACUGAGUGUAUGUAAGAUUGAUUUAUGCAUGGUUAAGGCAUAUAUGCCUUUCAGAAUAUCAAGUACGAGAAGCAGCUGCUAUUGCCGAGGCAGCAUAAGGCAGAAAGAUUUUCUUCAAACAAAGAAGACUUGAUUUUGGUUGCUAUGCAAUUUUACAAUAAAUAAAAGAGAGAAACAAAAGAUACAACUAAAUUGUUUUCUAAAGUGUAAUUAAAUGGCCUUCAGGCUCAUCAAAAUGUUUCCUGAAUUCUAAGACCUUAACGAAUGUAUUCCUGCAUCUUCUAAUUAAUUAAGAAAAACUUGUAGAGUACACUAUAAUUCUGCAUUAUAUAUUUUUAAAUUAUAUAUGUAAGUGGUUAUCACAGUCUUCGCUAACUGAAAGAUUGGCAGUUCAAAUCCACCCAGA